CAUCUCGAAGACGGUGAAGUUAUCGCAGUACGCCGACUAAACAACUCGGAAAAACAUCGUGGAAAGUUACGAUGGAAAGUUUGAGUUUCGAUCCGUCGACUAAAACGCUGUCUUUGAAGAAGAGCCAAAUUCCGAAACCAGCGAAGAAUGAAGUUCUAAUUAAAGUAGCCUACGCGGGAAUUUGUGGAACGGAUCUUCACGUUAUCGAAGUACGUUUUUUCCUUUCCUUCGUCAUAAAUUUAUAUUUGACGUUGAUAGUGCACCUGAUACCCGAAGGGCUGGACUUAGCUCAAGCGGCUCUUACCGAGCCGAUAUCUUGUUUAGCCCAUGGCUGGGACAGAAUAAAUCCCGUGGACGUUGGUACGAGGGUCCUGGUGAUCGGCGCUGGCAUAAUCGGCUUACUGUGGGCAGCUCUUCUGCACCUGCGAGGCCUCAGGAAGACGGUAACGAUAAGCGAGCCUCAGGCCAAAAGAAGAGAAACGGUUAAAAAACUCGGGGUGGAUUACGAAGCACUGAGUUCUUCUGAAUUAUCUGGAAGGGAAUUUGAUCUAGCGAUAGACUGUAGUGGGUCUGGUCCAGCGAUGGAAGCGGCAGUCCAUUUAUUGGGACGUGGUGGAAAGUUGUGCGUUUUCGGGGUCGCCAAUCCAAAAGCAAAGAUGUCGAUCGAACCGUUCGAAAUCUACAUGAAGGAGCUAACCGUUGUGGGUGUAAAUAUCAAUCCUUUCACGUUUCCCAAAGGAUUGUCGUUGGUUCAGGCGAUGUCCGAGAAAUACUUACAAUACGAGAAAUUAGGAAUUAAGGUUUACGAAUUGUCUCGUUAUCAGGAAGCAUUAGCGGCCCUAACGAAAGGCGAGAUCAACAAAGCUGUGUUCAAACUUUAAGGUGGAAUAUGCCAUUUGGUACAAUGCACAAUAUAAUUCGACACAGCAGUCGAUAUAAAAACGAACGUCGGCAACGUAGGCAUUUAGAAAAUCUUCUUUAUCGACGUCGAUCAAGUUCCUCGACGUGUUUCACUUCACCUUAAGGGGAAACUCUUUAAUUGACGUUCCUCUAACCGACGCACCUGAAUGGCUAUUUUUACAUUAAUUCUUACAGAUACACAGUACACGGUAGAAAAGAAAUAGUGACUCUAUUUUCGAUAAGGACAGCGCUAUGUAAAUCGAGUCCACCGCCCUGUAGACUUUUUUGAACUUCUAUUAAUCGUAGGCCAAAUACGUAUUUAUAAUUCAAUACGUAACUAUUGCGAAUCUGCCUUAUAUAAUAUGCUACCAGCAUAUUAUGAAAAAUAAGAUUUGAAACUGGAGAAAAAUUGUAGCGCGAAUUUUUGAGUAGACUUUUAAAGAGAGAAAAAAUAUUUCAAUAAUUUUCAUAAACCGGAAGUAUCAGGAAUUAAAAUUCGAGGUUUCCUUUCGAAUUCAUUUGUUUAGCCUGGAAUAGAAUGCGAAGCGCUAGGAAUACUCAAGUAUUACCACUACCAACUUGACAGAAAGUAGAAUCGUUAUCACAAGUAAAGCGGGUCGAUUCUUUCUAAUCGCCGCGAAUAGAUUAUUUAUAAUUUGACGUGUCUUAAAAUUGAAGCCAACGGAAAAUAUUACCAGAUGUUGGUCCUUAAUGCAAAAUGAUCAAUACCACGAAGUACUGAAUAUUUCACGACAAUCACAUAGUUUUCCCUCCACGGUACGAUUUCCAAGGGGUAAUGGAAUAAAAAGGAACGAGACGUAAUAGAAAUUGGUGGCGGCUUUCUCCUUUAUUAAAAUCCACGAUGAAAAUCCAUGAUUAAAAUGUCAGUGACGUUCAGUAAAUACAAAAUUGCGACGUCGUAAAAAAAGAGUCGUAGAAAACCUUAAAUACUUGAGAUUCUAAUCAGCUGCUUAUUUUGUAAUUGAACUUGGACGUCUCGCUCCGAUACAACCGUAUCCGUGAAUAUGCGCCUAACGAAAUACGUAGAAAUAUCCUAAUUAGAGAUACGUACACCUUAAUUCGAUUACAAUGUACAAUUGUUACCCUAACUGCGGAACAAGGUGGUUGAUCGUUGCAACCAAAACGCUACAGGGUGCGUUCUAAAUUCUUAUCCCCGAGUAUUGGUGAAUUGUUCGCUACUAUGCUAAUGAAAUGAUAUAAAACCGAUAGUAAUAUUAUACGAGUGAAUUUUUCGAAUGCUACCACGAAGUAGUUAUUACGAAUCGCACCAAAACUCUAUAACCGACGAAUAACCGUCUUCUACGUAAACUUUAUUACUUAAAUGUAACGUAUCGAUGAUAACGAUAUUAGGGCCGAUAUGUCAUUGUUAAUUAACUUCCAUUGAAAUCGCACAAGUCCGAACACCCGUCACUAAAAAUUAUUCUUUCAACUUAUAAUCGAGCCGUUCAUUUUGAAAGCGGCCCAAGUCCAUUUGUCAAUUAUUUUCUCUUGACUGUAGUAACGCGUACAACUACAAGUUAACCGUCAUAAACAUUUUACGGUUAAGUAAUUUUGAACGCAUACAUUUUCGCAGUUAUUUCAAUAAUUAAAAACAUUACUUUGAAAGUGGCCCAAGUCCAAUCCAUUAUUGAUAACGUCCGAAAGUGUGGAUUUUCAAAUGUCCGAAGUCAGGGAAGAAUUGAAAAAGUUAACGUCACUUUUUGGACAGUUGGCUUUAGUUGAAUAGUCGGUACGUUGAAAUAUUAAAUUAUAGAAAUUAUUACACCCACGGGGAAGAAUGACCGUUUAAUUUAGUCUUUUGAAAGAUGAGCCAUAUCAAAUUUUCUACAAGAUAUAUCAACGAUUUCAAUGGAUGAGAGGGCAGAGUUUAAAAUCCUGGAUUUAUUCCCACCAAGAGAAUUCGAAAAUAUUACACCGACACCACUUUAUGAAAACAUAAGACGAAUUACAAGGACACGAUUGACUUACUACGGUAUAUACUACCGGAGCACCAAGACUUUUUCAAAUCCCUUUCACAUACACAACAUGUAGAUGAGCAGUAAAUUGUUUUGUAAUUUAUAUGGUUAGAUUUCCUCAAUUGCAUAAAUUGUCUUCUUCAAGUGUUGGAAAGAAAUAUAAAAUGAAUUGAGAAUUAUUUCCUCAACUUGAAGCAUUUUAAAUGACGUCGAAUGGACUUGGGGUCUUUCAAAUUUUACAACAAAUCCAGUUGUUAAUUUUCAAAGUGGCUUAACUCCAUUUCUGGGAAGAAAAGACAUAUUGUUUACUUAAUAAUUGCUAUUAUUUUAAUAGGAAUUGUAAAUUUAACUCUUAGAUACACCGAAACAGGGUGACGCAUUGGUAUCCUUUUCCUAUAUUUUUAAUUUCAUAGAUACGCAAACUCUUAAAUAUCUCAAUUUAAAUACAAAUGAUCUUGGAUUACUUUCAAAAUAAACGGCUCAAUUGUCAUAUAAAAUACACUUGUAAGUUCAAGCAGCGUAACUUUUUAAAAACAUUAUAAAACUGCAUUCGAUAUGCACGUUAAUGAAAAAUAUAAACUAUUUCACGAGCAAGUUGCCGGCGAA